AACACGCGCGCGGGUUCCUACAUAUGAAGCGGGCAAGUACGUAUGGGUAUAGAGCAGGUGUGCAACACCGAAACGUCUCUCCUCCUUGCAUUUUGUCCUCAUCUCUUCUUCCAGCGUGCCAACUGCGCAAACGCGACCUUCGCAGCCGUCACUGCCACCACAUUCAUCUUCCCUGCCUGCCAAAUCUACGUCUCGCAUUGACGGCCACACGUCGCUUGCCUGCCUGCCUGCCUCCCUUCUUUCAUUCUCGGCGCACCUGUCACCUCGCCUCCUCCGCCGAUCAGUGCGGUCCUUUCUCGACUGGCCAGCCUGCCAGCCCUUCGACAUGAGGUUAACAAAGCGCUCUGCUCUUGGCUUGCCUGCAGCUGCAACGGCAUGGGUGCUCCUUGCUUGCCUCGCCCUGACCUUGACCCCGACAGUUGAGGCAGCGGCAGGCGAUGCAUGCUCUGCUAAUUCGAAAUGCUCCAGCGACGCGCCUUGCUGUUCCGCCCAAGGAGUGUGUGGCUCGGGCAUCGAGCAGUGCGCCCUCGGCUGCCAGCCGCUCUUGUCGAACUCGCCAACCUCGUGCUUGGCCAUGCCCGUGUGCCAGAACCAGAACAUCACGUUCGCGCCCAACAGCUUCAACGACGAAAAGUCCUUCAGACCCAUCCUCGACUACAAUGGCGACCCCUCUCUGGCUCCAUUCACGCUUGAUAAUGGCAAGCUGACGUCCGGUCCAGAGGGCGUUAUGCUGGCCCUGACAGCUCCUUCCCAGUCCAAAAUCUCCACCACUCGAUACCUUUUGUAUGGCGAUGUCGAGCUUACAGCUCGACACGAUGCGCGAGCAGGAUUGGUGUUCGCCUUCAUCACUAUGAGCGAUGUCAAAGACGAGAUCGACUGGGAGAUGACCACGGCAGACGCGACCGACUUGCAGACCAACUUUUUUGUUCAAGCUCAGAGACCCCAAGGGGCCGACGCUGCCGCCAAAGCGCCCACGGACGGCUUCACGGUCAGCGACUGGCACACGUAUGGUCUUAGCUGGACAGCGGACGGGUUGCAGUGGAAAAUUGAUGGCAAGACGGUCAGAUCUGUAAAGGCUUCAAGCUUCUCGGGCUUCCCUUCUACCCCAAGUCUCAUCCAGGUCUCGCUUUGGGCUGGCGGAAACUCGACCAAUGGCGAUGGCGUUAUUCAGUGGGCUGGCGGACCCAUCGAUUGGGAUAGCGGCACGUACAAAGAGCAGGGCUAUUAUGGCGCCGAGCUCAAAUCAAUGUCCAUCACAUGCGGAGAGACUGGAGACAAUGGCGCCACCUCUUGGGUAUACACCGGCGCUUCGGGCAGCGAUGGGAAGCCGGCUUUCAAGUCGUCUAGCGAUGCGAUUAGGACGCUCAAGAAUCCUUCGAAGGAUGCUAACCCUGCUUCGCCCGGCAGCUCGACCGCUACGGCUGGCUCGGACAAUGACAAGCUCUGGGACGGGUCCGGCAAAGGUGGCAGCAGCAGCAGCGACAACGCAGGCGCUUGGUUCACCACCAAAAAUAUUACGCACAUCCUCGUCCCUGCGGUUGCGGGAGCAGUCGCACUGAUCGCUCUGUGGGCAGGGAUUGUGGCUUGCAACAGAAGGCGACGCAAGAACGACAGGGCCAACAUGAGCUCGGUCAACGAUAGCACGCUUGGCAACGUCGGAAGCAAAGCUAGCAAUGCGCUAGGAGCUGCUACUGGCGGACUCGUUGGAGGUGGUGCGGCCAAUGCUGCUCGCUACAAGGCUCUGUCCAACGACGCCGAGGAUGACGCUCCCAUGGGUGCGCAGCGACAAGGCAACGGCUACGGACCGGCCGCCGGACCUAGCCCGGGCGGUCGUGGGAUUCGUUGGGAUGACCACAGCCCGCCUUCCACGGCUGGUUUGGGCGUGGGUGGUGGAUACAACGCGUACAGGGAUGGAAGCGUCGAGAUGAGACAGGCUCCAUUCGGAUCUCAACAGGCUGCAGGCGCGAGGUACGGCAAUGUGCCUCCGAGCGCCCAAUCGCAUCACACACAAUAUUCCUCCGCCCACUCGAGCCACAGUGGAGCGCAAGGCAACUACAGAGCGUAUUCGCCCGCUCCAUCGCAGUACUCUUACCGCCAUGAAGGAUACGCGAACGGUGGCUUCACCCCUCUGCAGCACGCUGCGUCUCCCACGGGAUGGGCUAGUCCGCCAAACACUGCUGGCACGUAUGCUGGGGGUGGGUAUCAGACGCCAAGCUUUGGCCAAAUGCAGCAACAGCAGCAGCACCAGCAGAGGCCUUAUCAGUACGGAGGCGGUUACUCCGGCUACUAAAAUCGAUUCGAGGCUGGACCCGCUCCCUGUUCACAUUCUUUCACCGUCACCGCGCAUUCCUUCGCCGCUUGCAUCGCCUCCUCGAUGGACUUUUCACAGAUCUGCUCCUGUUGGUCUCCGUAUUAUUGCUAUGCCCAAGUGCAUCGUCAUUGUUGCCUCUACAGACCCUUCUUACGUACUCCGGAUUCGCAAAUGGAUGCCAUCGGGGUCGACGUCCUUGCUACUUUCAUGCUGACUUAGGCAUACCUCCAGCGCCCUCAGAGCUCUGCCUUCUUACCAGUCCAGAUCAUGAGUGAUAAGGACGCUCGCCAUUCCUCUGGCAGCUGCCGAUGCCCGCUGAGUCGGAGCAGAC